AUGAAUUCAAGCGGCUUAAAUAUCGAGCAGUUACUCUCCAGCUUCAACAACCUGGAAAUAUAUUGCGACGCCCCUGAAGCAAGCUUCUACGAAUCAACGCCGAGCUGUUCAGUUGACAUCUCACUCGAGGAAGCCCUUCACUUUCCACAGAGAAUCUCCCCCAGAAUACCGGUUAGCAUUUGUUCAAUAUUCUUUUCCAUAGAAGAAAUCGUUGUCAAAUAUGAGUUUCAGAACCGAAACAACAGCAAACGACAGCUUACUCUGGGAAAUCUAAAGGCGAUGUGGUGUCGAGAUGUGGCACACUACUUUGAAUGGGUAGCCGGUGUGCCGGAGUUGCGGUUAAUGGACGUCCAUGAGAAGGUGAAGCUUGUAACCCGCCAGCUGUGCAAAAUCAUCUGUUUAAUGCUCUCGUACUGGACAUAUGGACAAGCGCAUGACGGCAUAAUAUUUGGAAGUGGUAUCUAUUUCACGCCAACAGAACGCCAAGACGAGACGUUAUCAAGUUUCCUCGGCUCUCUUGCAAAUGUUGUCCAAAACAGUAUCACAUCGAUCUUCCGAAAAAUCGCGAUAACAAGGGAAGAGUACCUCCUAAUGAAGCUCAUCAAUCUCUUCGAUACCCCAAAUGUCCACUUUCCGCCGCCUGACCGUAUCGUGGUUGACGCAGCUUUGAAGAAGUAUCAAGCAGCAUUGGUGAAUCACAUCAAGCUCACUCAUCCAUCGCUCGAUUACAAUGCAGUCACAGAAAGGGUAUCGGCUUUAUUUGGAGUGAUGCCAUACUUGGAGCUGGCAGGACAAAUCGACGACAUUCACUGGUCAAUCAUGACGAUCCAAAAUGAUGGCAACAUGCGAGGACGACUCACAAACGAGAUACAUGUGCAGUCGACGAGAAUAUUUUGA